AGGGCAUGAACACAGAAUCAGGGCAAGAGACUGUGAGGAUAAGGUGAAAAUGAAAUAAAGACUCCUCCAGUUAACAGAAAACAUCUGGUUACAUUCAGGAGAGAGAGAGAGAGAGAGAGAGAGAGAGAGAGGAGGAAGAGGGAGUAGGGGUCAAUCACAGUGAAACACAACCUGUUCCUGUGCUUCUUUUUUUGUUGUUGUGUUUUUUUUUUUGAGGAACUUCCAUUUAUGACCUGUCCACGCAGAACUGAUGCCACACAACGCCUACAGAGUCACGGGAUUCUGUCAGGGAUCCGCAGAGAGACAGAGCAAGGAGACGGGUAAGUGAUGGCUGGGACAGCAGUCCUGCUGUUGAUGGCUCUAACGCUGAAUGAGGGAGACGCCAGCAUCUCCAGUACCAGUGUGAACUGUCUGAUCAUCAACCUGGAGUACAUCAACUGCACAUGGACUGCUCAAGGAAUCCAAGAGGUUAACUACACCUUCCACAGACUAGAAAGGAGCACCUACACGGAAUGUCCCUCUUACCUGCUGCAGAAUGAACUUACUGUGGGCUGCAGGCUGCCCUACACAUCUACGCUGAAGUUCAACAGAUUUCACACCAGGCUGGCCUGGGACAAGAGCAGUUCGGAGCUGGAGCAGAUCAUUGAUCUUAGACACCUGGUGAAGCUGGACCCCCCUCACCACCUGCGAUUGGAGAUGAGGGAGGGUGAAAGUAACCCUGAGCUGUGGCUUCACUGGAGUGUCAGUUGUCCUUCCACCUGUGUGGAGAGCCAGGUGCGCUACAGGAAGCAGGGCAGCAACUGCUGGAAGGAAACUCUUCCAAUUGAAGGAUAUUCCUUCAUUCCACCUUUUUUCUCACCUGAUGACAUCUACAGGUUCCAGGUGAGGAUAAGAGUUCCAGAACAAUGUGUCCAGUCCAAAUACUGGAGUGAGUGGAGCACCCCUGCGGUCUGGGGCUCGAAGCCUCGGUCCAUUAUUGCAGGAUUCCACCCAAGGAGGCUUGGCCCUGCUGCUUACUGGCUGACUUUGGCAGUUGUGGUUCUGGCUCUGAUUGGCUAGCCCUUCCAUCCCCCUGCCAAGUGCCAGCCCGAGGAACAUCCAAUCCCGGAAGGCCGCAGUAUCUGCUAGUCCUUGGUUUCAUUAAUCAAGCGAUUAAGUCAUUGAUUCAACAAAUAGAAACAAGUUUGUGGACCUUGUUUCCAAG